AUGAAGCUUGCUUUGGUUGUCUCUCUUCUACUUCUUCUACCUUUCUUCCUUCAACAAGCUCAAGGGAUUCGACCCGAGAAGGGAUUUCUUGAUCAACAAGCUCAAGUGGUUGUGGUGGUGGAGAAGAAGAGCUCAUCAUCAUCACCAUCAAUGGAGGAAAGAAGUAGUCCUAAUGAUCAUGAUAGUAAUGGAAGAGUACUAGUAGUGGGAGAAGAUGGAGUAGUUGUGUGCAAAGAAGGGCAGGAAUGUAAAAAUACAGGUAUUGAUGAGAUGAAGACAAGAACAUCAGUUACAAAGAAACCAUCUUCUUCUUCCUCGCAUCAUUGGCUUCAUGAAGAUUACUAUGGACCCAGAAAUCACAGACCUAAACACCAUUGA